AGUGGGAUUGCUGGAUCGAAUGGUAUGUCUAUUUCUAGCUUUCUGAGGAAACGCCAUAUCAUUUUCCAAAAUGGUUGUAUCAUUUUGCAUUCCCACCAGCAGUGCAUAAGAGUUAAUUUAAAUUGUUUUGAUGUUAACCUAAUCGUAUCCAAAAAUAAAGUGAGGUAAAAAGGCUUUUGUAUAACUGAUGUAUAGGAAUACUCCAGAUUAGGUACCUGGCUGGAACAGGAUAGCUAAUCCUGGUUUGAACAGAACUCCAUAUUGUUAACUAGAUUCCAUUUUGAAUCAGACUUUAGCUUGACCAAAGUCUCUGCGUUCUUGAGAAUGUAGCCUGUGAUUUCCCUAAACUUAGCUAAUAAGGGUGGAGGUGAGAAUGUGGAUGUUGCAGGUAGAGUUUGCUGAUGUUAAGAGAGGUUAUGGUAUUGGUAGUCUCUUGCUACCUCUCCCCAUUUUAUUGCUAAUCAUGCGCUACCCUUCCCCUUUUUGCCAUAUAAAAGGCUCACCUCUCUCUGGGAAUGUUGGAGCACUUGGUAGUUUCCUCUCCGCCUUCUGUUUCCCCAGUUUACGAAUUGGAUUAUCCUCAAUAAACUUCUUUGCUUUUAUUUUUAACAGAUUCAGAGAUUUUACUGUUUGCCACUAGAAACCCUAAAGAAAUUUGCAAAUAAGCUACAAAUAUGAUUUUUAUGUCAUACGCAGAAUUACAAAACCAAUAACAUUAGAAGUAGUAAUCUGAAUUUAUUGUGACAGUGUUGUUUUGUUGAAACUAAAUUGCCUGGAUUAGAUUUAAUAACAGAAUUUUAUAUAUGUAUAUAUGUGUGUGUGUGUAUGUAUGUAUAUUUACUUUUAUGUUUUAUUUGUUGAUUUAAUUUUUUUUUUUAAUUGGGGAAUGGUGAGGCCAUCAGAAAUUAGCAAGAGCAGGGCUUCAAACUGAGAAUGGGAGGUGAUGUUGCCAAAGCUUGAAAGGAGCCAGUCACAGCUGGAGAUGUCACAGCAAGCAAGUUGAGGGAUGAAUACCAGUACCCUGGCUCCUGCGUUCUCUCGCCUUGCCUCACAUUGGGCUGACUUAAUUCUUUUGAUUUUGACUGUGGUGAAAUAUUCAAAUCAAUGUCAUUAUUUUUCCUGUUUUCAACAAUGAACUAAGUUGUUUUUAACUACUGAUCCUUUUUUGAUAGCCCAAUCAAUUUAAUGGAGUCCCUUUUUAUUCAGAAAAGUGAAAAAACUAAUACUGAUUAAUGACUGCUGAUGCUUCGGGGUAGGCUCUUCUGAGCCUGGCAUGCCUAGCACCAUGGGACUCAGUUCUCCCUCUUUUGUCUGAAGAAUGUGGGCUCUGAAGUCAGAUUGCCUGAGUUCCAGUCCUGGCUCCACCAGCUGAAUUUGUGAUCAGUCUUGCUGAGAAAAAUACCACCUUUGAUACUUUUAAGACUUCUCUGGUUAAAAAUGGUGCAGAGUUCACGGAUUCUCUUAUUAGUAACUUGCUGCGUCUCAUACAAACCAUGCGGCCUCCAGCAAAGCCUUCUACUAGCAAAGAUCCAGUUGUUAAACCCAAAACUGAAAAAGAAAAGCUGAAGGAACUCUUCCCAGUUUUUUGCCAACCAGACAACCCUUCCGUUCGGACCAUGUUGGACGAAGAUGAUGUGAAAGUCGCUGUGGAUGUCCUGAAAGAACUGGAAGCCUUAAUGCCCAGCGCAGCAGGCCAGGACAAGCAGAGAGAUGCUGAGCACCGGGACAGGACAAAGAAGAAGAAGAGGAGCCGAGAUCGAGACAGAGACAGAGAACGAGACCGAGACAGAGACCAUAAGCGGCGACACCGGUCCCGUUCUCGAUCACAUUCCAGGACCCGGGAGAGGAAUAAAGGGAAGUCUAGAUACCGGUCCAGGAGCAGAAGUCAGAGUCCCCCCAAAGACCGCAAGGACCGGGACAAGUAUGGGGAGAGGAAUCUGGACAGAUGGCGGGAUAAGCAUGUGGACCGCCCUCCCCCUGAGGAGCCCGCCAUCGGAGACAUUUACAAUGGCAAAGUUACCAGCAUUAUGCAGUUUGGGUGCUUUGUGCAGCUGGAGGGACUAAGGAAGCGGUGGGAAGGGCUGGUGCACAUUUCUGAGCUCCGACGGGAAGGCCGCGUGGCCAAUGUGGCUGAUGUGGUGAGCAAAGGCCAAAGGGUCAAGGUUAAAGUGCUGUCCUUCACCGGGACCAAGACCAGCCUGAGCAUGAAGGAUGUAGAUCAAGAGACUGGAGAAGAUCUGAACCCAAACCGACGAAGAAAUCUUGUUGGGGAGACCAAUGAGGAGACCUCAAUGCGGAAUCCUGACAGACCCACUCACCUCUCCCUUGUCAGUGCCCCUGAAGUAGAGGAUGAUUCACUGGAGCGCAAACGCCUCACCCGCAUCUCUGAUCCAGAGAAGUGGGAGAUCAAACAGAUGAUUGCUGCCAACGUCCUUUCCAAAGAAGAGUUUCCAGACUUUGAUGAAGAGACCGGCAUUCUCCCUAAGGUGGAUGAUGAAGAAGAUGAAGACCUUGAGAUCGAACUGGUUGAGGAAGAGCCUCCAUUCCUGAGAGGACACACCAAGCAAAGCAUGGACAUGAGCCCCAUUAAAAUCGUUAAGAACCCAGAUGGCUCCCUCUCCCAGGCAGCCAUGAUGCAGAGUGCCUUGGCUAAAGAAAGGCGGGAACUCAAGCAGGCGCAACGGGAAGCUGAGAUGGAUUCUAUUCCCAUGGGACUCAACAAACACUGGGUUGAUCCUCUGCCUGAUGCGGAAGGCAGGCAGAUUGCUGCCAACAUGAGGGGUAUUGGGAUGAUGCCCAAUGACAUUCCCGAGUGGAAGAAACAUGCCUUUGGGGGCAACAAAGCAUCUUAUGGGAAAAAGACCCAGAUGUCAAUCAUUGAGCAGAGGGAGAGCCUGCCCAUCUACAAACUUAAGGAGCAGCUGGUCCAGGCUGUCCAUGAUAAUCAGAUCCUGAUUGUUAUUGGAGAGACAGGAUCUGGCAAGACAACACAGAUCACCCAGUACCUGGCGGAGGCGGGCUACACGUCCAGGGGCAAGAUAGGAUGUACCCAGCCCAGAAGAGUGGCAGCCAUGUCGGUGGCCAAAAGAGUGUCGGAGGAGUUUGGUUGUUGCUUAGGCCAAGAGGUGGGCUACACUAUCCGAUUUGAGGACUGCACCAGCCCUGAAACAGUAAUCAAGUACAUGACGGAUGGGAUGUUGCUCAGAGAGUGCCUGAUCGACCCUGACCUCACUCAGUAUGCGAUCAUCAUGUUGGAUGAGGCGCACGAGAGGACCAUUCACACUGACGUGCUCUUUGGAUUGUUGAAAAAGACGGUUCAGAAACGGCAGGACAUGAAGCUGAUUGUCACCUCAGCCACCUUGGAUGCAGUGAAGUUUUCUCAGUACUUUUAUGAAGCUCCCAUUUUCACCAUCCCAGGUCGAACUUAUCCAGUAGAAAUACUGUACACAAAGGAACCUGAGACAGAUUAUCUGGAUGCCAGCUUGAUCACUGUCAUGCAGAUCCACUUAACAGAGCCACCAGGUGAUAUCCUGGUCUUCCUGACAGGUCAGGAGGAGAUUGACACAGCUUGUGAGAUCCUGUAUGAGCGAAUGAAAUCCCUGGGACCCGAUGUUCCAGAGUUAAUUAUCCUCCCGGUGUACUCCGCCCUUCCGAGUGAGAUGCAGACCCGAAUCUUUGACCCUGCUCCACCUGGCAGCAGAAAGGUCGUGAUUGCUACCAACAUUGCAGAGACAUCGCUCACUAUCGAUGGCAUCUACUAUGUGGUGGACCCUGGAUUCGUGAAGCAGAAAGUGUACAAUUCCAAGACAGGGAUUGACCAGCUUGUGGUGACACCUAUUUCUCAGGCUCAGGCAAAGCAACGAGCUGGCAGAGCUGGGAGAACAGGCCCAGGGAAGUGCUACAGGCUGUACACGGAACGGGCCUACCGAGACGAAAUGCUGACCACCAAUGUGCCGGAGAUCCAGAGAACCAACUUAGCAAGCACAGUGCUCUCUCUCAAGGCCAUGGGCAUCAAUGACCUGCUGUCCUUUGACUUCAUGGAUGCCCCACCAAUGGAAACCUUGAUCACAGCCAUGGAGCAGUUGUACACACUGGGGGCUCUGGACGAUGAGGGUCUGCUCACUCGCCUGGGCCGCAGGAUGGCAGAGUUCCCUCUGGAGCCAAUGCUGUGCAAAAUGCUGAUCAUGUCUGUGCAUCUGGGAUGCAGUGAGGAAAUGCUGACCAUCGUGUCCAUGUUGUCUGUGCAGAAUGUCUUCUACAGGCCGAAGGAUAAACAAGCCCUCGCAGAUCAGAAGAAGGCCAAAUUCCACCAGACCGAAGGGGACCACCUCACCUUGCUGGCUGUGUACAACUCCUGGAAGAACAAUAAGUUCUCCAACCCAUGGUGCUAUGAGAACUUUAUCCAGGCUCGUUCCCUGCGCCGGGCCCAGGAUAUUCGCAAACAGAUGUUAGGCAUAAUGGACAGACACAAGCUGGAUGUAGUCUCCUGUGGCAAGUCCACAGUCCGAGUGCAAAAGGCCAUCUGCAGUGGAUUCUUCCGGAAUGCUGCCAAGAAAGACCCACAGGAAGGUUAUCGGACACUGAUUGACCAGCAGGUGGUCUACAUCCAUCCUUCCAGUGCACUCUUCAACAGACAGCCGGAAUGGGUGGUGUACCACGAGCUGGUGCUGACCACGAAGGAGUACAUGCGUGAGGUCACCACCAUCGAUCCCCGGUGGCUUGUGGAGUUUGCCCCAGCCUUCUUCAAGGUCUCUGACCCAACCAAGCUAAGCAAGCAGAAGAAGCAGCAGCGUCUUGAGCCCUUGUACAACCGCUAUGAGGAGCCCAAUGCCUGGAGAAUAUCCCGGGCCUUCCGGCGGCGCUGAAAGGCAAGACUUGUCUGUUUGCUGUUCCUGCAGCAGUGGCCCAGGCUUGGACUUACUGAUAAAAAGCUGAUCCUGAGAAUACAGCUGUCCUGUGACUGAAUAUCAUAAUGGACACUUUCUAUACUUGACUCUCAUUUCUUCCCCGGUGAUGAAAUAGAAACAGGGAUAUAAGCCUGCCCUUGGCCAGAGCCUCCAGUCCCCACCAUGCCAAGUCACGGGGGCCAGUUGGGUGUUCACAGCCAACAUGGGGAUCAUUGCCUCAUCUCCAAGAAAGGAGCAACUUCUACAGCCCUCGGAUGGGAAAGGGGAGUCAGCAAGCGUCUUACAUGUGGACGACUCAUUGAGGGCCUCAGUGAGGGCCUCCAUGGCCCAGCUACUGCUUUCUGGAGGCGGGAGCCACGAAGCUCAUCUAAAGUGUCGGCUCCCACUUCCUGCCCAGUUGCCAGCCCCCCUGUACUUUGGCUUAACCUUCUGGAACUAUUUAUUUAUUUUCUUAAGGAAACAAAAA